ACAUAUUUCCUUGCCUUGUCUCGAACAGCACACACCCGCUCUCCUAACGCAUCUCAGCACCAUGAUGAAGACCUUGUUCGUGACCCUCGCCGUCGCCGCCGCCGUCUGCCAGGCCGCCCUCCCCUCGAAGCCCCAGCAGGAGUCUCCCCGCUUCGGCUACCUAUCCCUCGGCAGCGGCGACGGGGCCUUCCUCGCCUUCAACCAGACGUCCGUCGCCCAGGGCCUCGUCUUCAGCGUCCUGGCCCUCGUCGUGGCCUUCGUCGCCCUGCCCCUGCUCGGCCUCGACCUCUCGACGGUCUUCGGCAAGGAGGAGUCCUACGCCCCCUACGACUACUCCCACGACGCCCACCAGGCCUACGCCACGCCCUAUGAUUCGUCCUAUGCUAAGAGGUCUCUUGAUAUUCUGUCUCCCGUGAUCUCUGCUCUGGCUGCUGCUUACAAGAAAUACCAGCAGUAAGUUAAUUAAGCUUUGUGCCAUAAUGAAGACUUAAUUUAAUUAAUUAUGAUAAUUUUUCUAUUGAUGAUUUUAUUGUUAUUA